AUGAGUGCAAGCGAAAUUCUCGCUAAUUCGUUCUCUGCAGAUGCUGCGCUCCGCCAUGACGCCGAGAGCAAGCUCGAAGCCCUGGCGCGCGACAAUCUGUCCACGUUCAUGGCGACACUUAUGCCUGAACUCACAAACGAGAACAAUCCGCUCCCCGUUCGGAACGCAGCCGCCCUCAACAUUAAGAACGCUAUUGUCGCAAGGGACGCGAAUCGCCAACAAGAGUUGAACGAAAAGUGGCUGGCAUUACCUCAAGAAACGCGUAAUGGCGUCAAGCAUGGUGCCAUGGCCACUCUUGGUUCUCCACAGCCUAGGGCAGGAACUUUUGCGGCCCAAGUCAUUUCUGCUAUUGCCGCUAUCGAAGUCCCCGCCGAACAGUGGCCGAUCUAA